AUGCACCCGAGCUUCGUCCGCCACGUGAUAGGAUGUGCGGUUCGAGCUCGGGAAGAGGGCGUCUCGUUCGGUGUUCGAGAUCUGAGAAAGCUUUUCUCGGUGAAGAACAACACCAGGCUUCCGGGUCGUUUUACUCCUCGCCGAGGCCGAAUCGGCGAAUAUUCACGAACACCCCGCAGAGGGAUAGCGGGUGGAGCGACGAGAUGUUCUUCUUCCGGGUCAGCGAGGCCACGAUGGGCGACUUCGACUUUGGUCGAAUCCGAACGGAGUGGGCGACUAGCUUGUAGAUCCAGUACCAAAAACCCGGGGAUUGAUUACCUCGUCGAGCGACUCGGAAGGGAAAAGGUGAACUGGAGUACUUUUACUCCGGAACGGAUCCGUCGAGUUCUCAGCUCUCCUCCUGCUCCUCCUCCAGCUGAUCUUCCGGUUAGAUCGGCGCAAGAUUCUAGCUCUGCUUCUUCUGUUCCUCCUCUCUCACGCAGAUCGAAGAAUGACCCGUCGUCAGCCUCUCAGAUCCCGGACCGCAAAGGGUGCCAAGGCGCUUCCUCGGGUGGAAGUCGAGUUCGUGCCGGCGAGUUCGUAACGGCGGUGGAGGAGGCUAUGGCUUCGAAGCCCGGGGGGGUCUUCUGCCCUUGCCGACCAGGUCACUCGAGGCAGGCGCCGAAGCGAGCUCGGAGUGACGAUGGAGAGACUCGUUCUCGCGAGGGCGGCCCGACUGCCUCGAACGGGAGCGGGGGAAAGCCGCCGUUUUACUGGCAGUACGAGAACUCCAAAGGCUUCCCCGUUCAGGACGACGAGGAGGGAACAGCUCGCAUUCAGCUCCACUUCAAGCCCGUCGGAUGCCGGCUCCCGUCCCUGAACCAGAUGUCUGAGAAGGAGCUCUACAUCGCGACGUGCGCUGCGAGCGGGAGGGCUGUGGCAGCUCGUAACAUGUUGGUGUCCCGCCUGGAGUCGAGGAUCAGAGACGCGCCUCAGCAGAAAGAGCUCGAUCAGGUGAAGGAGCUCGUUGCCAAGUUGACCUCCGAUCUCUCUGCGGCGAACGAGCGGGUAGCUCGUCAGGGUGAGCUCUUGAAGAAACACACCUCGCAGGAGGGUCGUGUGAAAGAGCUCGAGACCAGGGAGGCCGAUCUCUUGCGCCAGCUGUCCCAGAAUCAGGAGCAGAUGGCGGCUUUGCAGAAGGAGAGCUCGAGUGCGCUGACGCAGUCGCUUCGCCUUAGCCGGGAGAACCAGGUACUCGUCGCCGAGAAGGACAACGUAGCUCGCCGUGCCAACCGCGCAGGUCGGAGGGAGAUGGUCGCGAAGCAUCGGGAAGUGCUUGAAUCGGCUAAGGCAAAGUUCGAGGAGAAGAGGGUGGAAGGUGAGAAGGAGGGCGAUCAGAUCGAACUCCAAUCCAACAUCGAUCUCCUUACGUCGCUGAUCUCCGGUGCGAUCAACCAGGAGGAAGAGCUCGCCAGGUUGAAGGGGCUCGAGGAUGAGGUGGCCGAAGCAGCCAAGGCGGCCCAAGUCUCCGAUUUCUCGAUCGGGAAGUUUAACCUUCCCGUGGUUUCGGAGGACUCGGUCGCGCGCAUGGAGAUCGACCCAUCGACGAACAUCCCGGUUGGCUUGAACCCGUUCGGGACGAAUGCCGAAGAGAAGGGAAGCAACGAGGAGGAAGAGAAGGAAGAUGAAGAGAUGACCGUCGAGGACUGA